AGAGGAUAGACAUAACACUGAGGUGAGAACAGCUGGAGAACAACUGGGAAAGACCAACAGCUUCUUUCAAAACAUUGACAUGAAGACCAUCAUUUCAAUCGCUCUUCUCUUGACCACUGUCUGCCUGGUCUCUGAGGCUGUCCAAGUCCAGGAUGGAGAAUAUUUUUUCUCACUGGAAUCAGUGAAGGUCCUUCAGCACCUGAUGGACAGCAGCUCUGUAUCCCAGCAGCAGAAUCCUCGCCUACUCAAGACUAGCAAUGCUGCAGUUUGUGGAAACCCAACUCUGCCCCAGGAGUUUAUAGAGCUCUGUCAUCAAAGUGGAUCUUCCCUGGUCUUCUCCAGGCUAGCUGCAGUGCCUAUGGAUGUGUGUGAAAUCUGUGCUUUCGCUGCCUGUACUGGUUGCCUGUAAUGGAAUGUCUUUUUCCAUGAACCCAAGUCACAAAAGACUGUUUUGAAACUGUUAACUGUUACCCGUUUAAAAACACGUGUAAUGACUCUGUAUUUUAUGUUACAGUAUAUUUAAACUAUGCAUAAACAGUAUACCAGUGACUCUUGUCUUCUGUGUACAUUCACCGGCCACGUUAAUAGAAACACAUGUAAACCUGCUCUUUCAUGCAAUUAUCUAAUCAGCCAGUCAUAUGGCAGCAGCUCAGUCCUCAAAAUCAUGCUUAAGAUAAUGUUCACAUCAAACAUCUGUAAGAAACUACAGAAUGCCUCAACCCAGAUUCCUCUCC